CUGAGCUCGCUCUCUGUUGGGCUCGUUCGACCUUCACGACCACGUAUCCUGAUUUCACCGCUCGCUACUGUUCCUCCUGCGCAAUGGCGGAGACGAAGAAGCGGCCGCAUGCUGACGACGCAGAGCAGUCACUUCCUAAGAAGCGGGCGGUGAGCGAGGAGAAGCCGUCCGCGAGCCUUGUCAACGGUGUCGCAUCACAUCCAGACGAACCCAAGGAUGGUGACCACUUAGAGAUAUUCCGUAAAGAUGCAAUUUACAGGCGAAUGAAGUACUACUCGCGAGAAUAUGAGAGGAGCGAGACUCGUGUCGCAGACCUCGAACGACGGAGGAGCAAUUGUGAGGCUGGUUUGGCUGCUCUUGAGGCGUGCUGGACUCAGGUAUUUUGUUCUCAGUACGACAUAGCGAUGUGUUCUGACCGCCACACAGAUCAUCGGUACAAUCGCAUGCUGGUCAGGCCUGACGACCUUCCUCCUGUUGAUGUGAAGUCAGAGGAGAUCUAUGACUUGACGGUCCACGUAACCGACGACGCAGAUCCGCAAUAUCUUGAGUCUUUGCGAGGUAAAAUGCAGGCAACAACGGAGCUUGUGACGCAAGCGAGGGUGUUGCAAGAUGGGGAUUAUUGGACACGGCAGAAGGCACAUACAGAGGAGUCGUCUUUGCGUGCUGAACUGUCUCUCGCGCGUACCAGACUGCGUGAUAUGGUGGCGGAACGUGAUCAAUAUCGCGCACAGUUAGUCACUGCGGAGAAACGCUUAGACCGACUGCAAAGCAAGGUCGUCACCGUCUCCCAUACCCAGCCAAUUAACGGCAAAGUCAAGGCCGAACCAUCAUCCGAGGCCUCAGCAUCGCCAGCACCUCCGCCAGCCAUAGACAGUGAAGCAACAGCACAGGAGUGGGAGGCCAUUGCAAAGUUUCGCUCUGCAGAGCUUGCGAAGGUUCGGACGGAGAAUGUGAGCCUGCGAAUCACUGCCAGCCAAGCGGUAGCCGAGUUCCGGGGCGUCACAGAAGAGGUGGUAACGGCCUCACCUUUCUAUCGCAUGUUGCAAGAGCAAAAUGAGCGUCUUGAGACUGCACAUCAAGAGGACCGAGAAGCUAUCAGCAAGCUUGAAGAGCACAUCCAUAGAGCGGAGGAGAGCCGCGUCGAAACCGCACAUAGCGAUACGGCAGUUUCUGAACAUGUCACGGAGUUGAAAACUAUGCUCACGAAGAGAGACCUCGACAAUGUGCGCCUUCGAGAACAGCGGGACCAACAGGUUGCCGAACUGCUUGAACGCAGGCAAAAGGACCAGUACAGACAGCUGUCAGAAUCACGUUCUGAGCGCAUUGAGUUGCUGAAGUUGGAAGUUACAAGGCUUAGGAGUCGUCUUGCCGCUCAGACAGGCGAUGAGGAUAUAUUGCAGUUCGUUCUGCGUGGUUAUUCUGAGGAGUCAAAGGGGUACGUAGAUGACAUCAAGGAGAGACUUCGGGUGGCCGAGGCCAAGGUGACCGCGUUGGAGGUCACUCUCUCCCAGUCAGACGCCGGAGGUGAUCUCAGACGUGAAGCUGAGGCGCAAGAACGCCUUCAGGUGACGGAGAAAGAAUUGGAGAAAUACCGAUCGUUGUAUGGUGACACGUCUACGCUGCCUUCGGACGCUACAUCACUGCUGGAACGAAUGCAGCACAAGGAGAAUGAGCUUGAACGCCUGUCUUUGCAGCUGAGACAACAGCAAGAGGCGGAAUCAUCCCUAUAUGCUGAGCUGGAUAGAUUAUCGGCUGCGUGGGACUCGUUGAACAAACAGCUUCAAAACAAGGUCUUCGAUCUGUCUGCCAUGGAAGAAAGGCUCACCAAGAGUGCUACCGACAAAGCAAAGUCCGAGAACAAGUUUUACGCACUCAUGCGUGACAAGGAGGCCAGCGAGUCGGAACGGAAGCAACUGUUGCGCAGGUGCGAAAAGCAUACGAAGGCCAUGGAUGUGUGGAUGGAGACCCAGCAGAAGUUCGCCGUGCAGAUAAGUGCGGCGGAAAAGGAAUUGCACAAGAUCAAGACCGCUAAUGUGCACCUGGAGAAUAUCGAUCGGAAACGGAGAGCUGAGGUUGAAACACUGCAAUCUCGUCUUCAGGCCCAGAAGUCAUCAUACGACAAGGCGGUAUCGAGCCUGAAGGAGCAUUUUGAGGCUCUUAUGCGGGAACGCGCUCAGUUGCAGUCAGCAGAAGAAGCGACGAUAAAGGCCAAGAAAGAGGCAGAACGCCAGGCCGCGAAGCUCAAGCUUGCAUCUCAGAAUCAGAGUGCAAGUUCGAGUACACGUGAAGCCCAGCUGCAGACGGAAGUUGAUCAAUGCAUGAGCAUCCUCAAAUGUUCCACCUGCAGGCAGAAUAUGCGCAGCACGGUAAUCACGAAGUGCAUGCACUCAUUCUGCAAGUCUUGCGUGGAUGCCCGUAUAGCGACGCGACAACGCAAGUGUCCUGCAUGCAAUCUCGCAUUCUCUCAAGGAGAAGUCCAGCAGUUGUAUUUCCAAUGAUGGACAGACGCUUCUUGUAGACCUUUCACCUAUGUUAUUACCUUCACUUCCUCGCGCUUUGGCUUAUGACUGUCGCCGCUCACUGGUCCUUUCGCUCAUGAUCCGCUUUACAUGUGUUGCCAGAGUAAUCUAUAGUCUAUCACCCCGCAAUACACCUCUGCUCAUGACUAUUCGGUGCGAAAACGCUGACUUUAUUGCUUCGAAAGAGGAAGAUU